AUGAGUCUCAAUUUGGUGGAUGAUGUAUUUCCGCCAUUAUCCUUGUGUAUGCUUACAGGUCACAUCAAAGUAUUACAUAUGCGAAUCUCUGGUAUUGGCUAUGAUAGGAAAAAUCAGACUACGAAUGAAGAGGAACUGACUGAGUGCGUAAAGGAUCAACAGAAUCUAUUAUGUAAUCUUAUCAAUGAAGUUAUAGAAUUACCUAUGUUGGUACAAUUUACAGUCACUGCAAUCAAUGUGGCCUUGGGCUUAGUAGCUAUGCUCUUUGUCGCAAAGGACAUAUUCAGUAUCUUAUAUUAUGUUUUUUAUUUGUUUGGUAUACUGAUGCAGACUUUUCCUACUUGUUAUUUCGGCAGCAAUUUCGAAUUUAUGUUUGAUGAACUUCUUCAAGCUAUCUAUUCCAGUAAUUGGCUUAUGCAGAGUCCGAAAUAUAAGAAGCACAUGAUUCUCUUUAUGCAACGGGCACUUAAGAAACGUCCUGCUUAUGCGGGUGGUAUUUUGCGUAUACAUUUAGAUACAUUCUUCUCAACAUGCAAGGCGGCUUACUCGGUGUUUGCCAUGGUAUGGCAACUUAAAAAUUAA